UUAUUAUUGUGUGUGCUUCGGUUGACAACAUGGCAGCACAAAGAUCCAGUCUGGGUAAUAAUGACGUGCCACCGGUGGUUCCCGGCCGAAGUCGUUCACCGUCCUACAUCCGGAGCAUUUCCGCUUCUCAAUUGCCGACCACCACCAUGUCCUCAACAAACAACAACAACAACAACAACAACAACAACAAGCCGCCACCCGUUCCCAGGAAUUCACUCAUCAGGAGCAAAAGUGCUCAACUCUACCAACAACAACAGGCUAUUCAAGUAAUGACGCCGUUACCUCAUCCCCCAAUUCAAGUGAAAAACAACCACCACCACCACCACCCACUCAACGAUCCUGUUGCAGCAGCUGGAGGCCAUCACCACCACAACAAUAACAACAUGAAAGAUUUGCCUGAAUCAAUUCCGGCUGAACCCGUUUUGAUGUCCAAAAGUUUUUCAUUCGAGUCGCCCAAUGGCGUCAGACGCAAAAUUCCCGUCACGCCCGUCCUCUCCACCGGCCCUAAAAAGUCCGGCCAACAUCACGACACUCUACACUAUCGACAUGGAACUCUGGUCUUUCCGUCCGACUCGUCGAUUGGCCAGCCCAACAAAUUCAUCGACACUAUUCCCGUUCAUUUGAAUUCGCCCAGUCAAGGUCCGUCGGAGGCUGUGAUGAGUCCAGCAGCAGGGCCAGUCAUCCACCACCACCAGUUCAGCCAUCCGGCAACGAUUUUCAAUCAAUUCGUCGUGUCGCUGGUCGAUCAUAGCCUCUUGAAAUUAUGCCAGGACGGUGACGUCGGGACUCUGUCACGAUACCUCGCCCUCCAUCACGAAAAAGUUCCAGCCAGGAGCCUCAACGCCAUCGAUGCCACUGGAAAAUCGAGUUUGUUACACGCGGCAAUGACGGGAAAUGUUCCCAUCGCCCGUCUGCUCGUCAAAUUACCCGGACUGGACGUGAAUUUGGCGGAUAACGAAGGCAACACGGCCCUUCACCUGGCCGCUCAAGCAGGUCAUGCCGAUAUCGUCAGUCUACUCACGUUGUGUCCCAAUCUGACCAUCGACAUCCGCAACAACGCCGGCCUAACCGCUUUAAUGAAAGCUUCGCUUCAGGGGCGUGUCCGUUGUACUCGACUGCUGCUAUUGGCCGGUGCUUCGCCCGUCCUGAGAGAUUUUGGCCGGGGCUUGUGUUCGGUCGAAUGGGCCCGGCUGACGGGCCGCAGCAAAUGCGUCGAAAUCAUCGACAAGUACAUGGACAAGAUGCAACUCAAUCCGGGACUGGGAUUGAAAUCCUUCCAUCACGGCGGCGGAGUGGUGGCCUCAUCCGAGCCCAGUCUCCAGCAAUUCUCCAAACGAUCCUCCCUCGUUCUCCUUCCCUCUUCCAAGACCAAAGAUUCUUGGGUUAUUGACAUUUAUUCUAAUGAAAUCUAUACUCGAUUAAAUUAAAUGAAUUUAAAAUUCAA